UCAGCAGAUCCACACCAGGCGGUUGCUGCAAAUAGUCACUGAAAUUCCAAGGAGCCCCCAAGAAGGUCUGCGCGAAAUCAGAGAUAGUGACAGAUCAGUACUUUCCAGUGAAACCCGCAUUAUGAGUACUAAAAUCGCAUCAACCUUCCUUCCAAACACAACCAGCCAGGCUCAUGGGGCUAAUUACAGUGGGACAGGGCAAAAGGCAGAGCCAUCAUAUGCCGUCCUCAAGUUCAUGGAGAGCUUCUGCCUCAUCAGCUCUGCCUGUGGGAUGGUGGGAAAUGGCAUGGUCCUGUGGUACCUCGGCUUCCGCAUCCGAAGGAACCGCUUCACCGUCUACAUCCUGAACCUGGCCGCCGCUGACUUUGGGUACCUGCUCUGCAUUGCCAUCGAAACGGUUCAGUACCUGAUGCAGUUCAACGUGGGGGUGCAGUUUGGGAUAUUCCUCUUCCUGGAUCUUUUCAUGUAUGGGACCGGCUUGUAUCUCCUGACGGCCAUCAGCAUUGAGAGGUGCCUGUCUGUCCUCUGUCCCAUCUGGUGCCGAAGCCAUCGCCCAAAGCACUUGUCCGGCGUCAUCUCCGGCCUGCUCUGGAGCCUCUCCCUGCUGCUGAACACCUUGGGCUACCUUUCUUGCACUGUUCGCCCCUCGGGCAGCUGCCACGUACUCCUCAUCACCAUCGGAGUCCUGGACUUCCUCUUCUGCACGCCCCUCAUGCUGGUGUUCAGCCUCACCCUCUUCCUCAAAGUCAAGUGCAGCUCCCAGCACCUCCGAACAGGCAGGCUCUUCACCGUGAUUAUGCUCACCGUCCUCUUCUUCCUCAUUUUUGCUGUUCCUCUGAGCAUCCUGAUCCUCUUUGACUUCUGGGGCUAUAAGUUUCUCUACUCCCCAGAGAUUGGCUUUGUGCUGUCCUGCGUCAAUAGCAGCCUCAAUCCAGUUAUUUACUUCAUUGUGGGCAGCUACAGGGAUCGGCGGAUUCGGCUCACUCUCAAGCUGGCCUUCCAGAGGGCCUUUGAAGAUUCAGCAGAUGACAAAGAUGAACGGGAAACCCAUGAAACAAUAACUAUGUCCUCUUGAAUUCAUCCCUUCUUUUGCCUGAACACCUUCUACAUUGAAGAGAAAAGGAAAGAGAGGAAGACCAUGAGGAUUCCUUCAAACCGUUGGACUCUAGAUAUCAGGAGGAAAAGAACUGAAUAUAAGGUUUUAAUUCAGGAUUACCCCAAGUCGUGUUGCUAGUCCCCUAUAUUAGGCCAUGUUCCAAUGCCCUUUCUUCAUUUAAACUCCUGCACAAUAUGGCAUGAGAAGCAGCUGCAUAGCUUUCUAACUCUGCUUACUGUCAC